AUGGCUUUGUCAAUUGUUAAGAACGAAGGAUUUCUCAACCUUUAUUCGGGUUUGACGGCUUCGUUGCUCAGACAAGCUACAUAUUCAACUGUCAGGUUUGGAGUUUAUGAGUAUUUGAAGGAAUCUUAUCAAGCCAAAUACAAUCAAAUGCCAACUACUUCUAUCUUGCUACCUAUGUCAAUGAUUUCUGGAGCAUUAGGAGGACUCGUGGGGAACCCGUCUGAUGUUGUCAAUAUCAGGAUGCAAAAUGAUUCAACAUUGCCGAGAGAUCAAAGGAGGAAUUACCGGAAUGCUUUCGACGGUCUCUUUAGAAUUUGCAAGCAUGAAGGUGUGUUAUCACUUUUCAGAGGUUUGACUCCAAACUUGGCACGAGGCAUUCUCAUGACUGCGUCACAAGUCGUCACGUAUGACAUUGCAAAGAAUUUGUUAGUGGAUGGACUUUCAAUGGAUCCACUGAAGAAAUCAACUCAUUUUAGUGCCUCUUUGAUGGCAGGCUUAGUAGCGACAACUGUUUGUUCUCCAGCGGACGUCGUCAAGACACGAAUUAUGAAUGCUCGCGGUUCCAGCCAGGGAGCCCAGAGUAUAUUGAGAGACGCUGUAAAGCAGGAGGGUAUUGGGUUUAUGUUCAGAGGAUGGUUACCUUCUUUUGUCCGUCUAGGGCCACAUACUAUUGCUACAUUUCUUGUCUUAGAACAGCUCAGGAAGUACAGAAUUGGCAUGAAGAGUAAUUAA